AUGUCUCGAGGAAUCAAAUAUCAGCGGCUGGAUGACCUGGAGAUUGGAGAGUCGAGCGCGGAGCUGGUGGCGGUCCGGGUGCCUAUAAAUGGCAUGACCUGCAUGUCCUGCGUCCGCAGCAUCGAGGGAUCUUUCAGAGAGCUUCCUGGCAUCGCUUAUGUUAAGGUGGAACUGUCAGAAAACGCAGGCUACUUCAGAUAUGAGCCGCGAACCAUCUCGGAGGAGGCUAUCCGGUCUCAUAUAGAAGACAUGGGCUUCGAGGUGCCCACUGACACCACGGAGCACGAAACCAGAAACCUGUUACCCAAAGAGAUACCAACAGACCUCUUAAUCGACAUGUCUGGCACCGGCGAGAUGGAUGAGCAGGAGGGGUCCCCGCCAGUAGCUGAAGGUGAAACGUCUCGCUGUACGUUAGAAGUCCGCGGCAUGACGUGUGCCUCCUGUGUCGCAGCUAUAGAGAAACAUGUUCAGAAGUUGUAUGUGGACGGGAAAGUCCUCUUCGGACAGAGUACGUGUGACGAGUCACUGAUCACCGGGGAAUCUAUGCCUGUGCCGAAGACUAAAGGUAAGUUGCCGAUGUACGUGAACGCGGGCUACGCGGAGUGGGAGCUGAUAGUGCAGACGGCGUUCCACUUCGCGCUGUCGGUGCUGGCCAUCGCGUGCCCGUGCGCGCUGGGGCUGGCCACGCCCACCGCCGUCAUGGUAAAAACAGUGAUAUUCGACAAGACGGGUACCAUCACGCGCGGCAGUGCGACGGUCGCCAAGCUAUCCCUACUGACUGGUUCCGCCAAUACCCUGGGUUCGGUGCUCGCCUGUCUACUUACUGCUGAACUCAAUUCUGAACACCCCGUAGCUUCGGGUGAGUGA